UUUGUAUAACCUUUUUGAAAUGUCUUAUAUCCAAAUAAGAGAUAAACAGUAAAAAUAGUGUAUUUGAUUCCAAAGACCGGCCCAAGAUAAACCACUCGUUAAUACCGAUUUCCGAACACAACCCUAAAGAGAGGCUUCUACGACGUUGGUUCUUCUUCCUUGUCCUGCGCCGCGAUCUCUCCUUGUCCAACUUCCCUCGUCCUGUCCAAAGAAAAUGCCAAAGGUUAAAACUAACCGAGUCAAGUACCCAGAAGGAUGGGAGUUGAUUGAGCCUACUCUUCGAGAGCUGGACGCCAAGAUGAGAGAAGCUGAGACAGAUUCACAUGAUGGCAAGAGAAAGUGUGAAACUUUAUGGCCAAUCUUCAAAGUUUCUCAUCAGAGGAGUCGUUAUGUAUAUGAUCUUUAUUACCGACGGGAAGAAAUAUCUAAAGAGCUCUAUGAGUUCUGCUUGGACCAGGGCUAUGCAGAUCGCAGUCUGAUUGCCAAAUGGAAAAAGUCGGGAUAUGAACGUUUAUGCUGCUUGCGCUGCAUACAGCCUAGAGACCACAACUAUGGAACAACAUGUGUAUGUCGUGUUCCCAAACACUUGCGUGAAGAGAAAGUGGUCGAAUGCGUUCACUGCGGGUGUCAAGGAUGCGCUAGUGGCGAUUAAAUUCCACACAGCUUUAUUCGCAAUGCCUGACUGUUUGUUACAAUCUUGUCACUUGUUAAAUCUGGAUUAUGUAUUCUAAAAGGCUAAAACCCUAACUAAAAAAAAAAACCUUGCAAAACCUCUCUACUUAUCAAAUAGUAGGACGUUCGCUGUUUGGUAUUUAGCUGAAUGAAAAGAAUGUUUUACCA